CACCGUACACAGUAGUACACGUACCGCCAAAAAGCCCUAAGUCUUCUCACAGAGACUCUCUCUUUCUCUAUAUCUCUCUCCUCUUUUCUUUUUCUUCUCUUUUCAGCUCCCUUCAUUUCAAAUCAAUUCGAUCUCGAGCUUUAGGGUUUCGAAUUUUCUCUUUCUAUCUCUCUCUCUCAAUAUCUAUCCAUGUCCAAGAGGGUUCUCUGCAAGUUCUUUGCUCAUGGGGCGUGUCUGAAAGGGGAGCAUUGUGAGUUUUCACAUGAUUGGAAGGAUCCCCCACAUAACAUUUGCACCUAUUAUCAGAAAGGACUUUGUGCAUAUGGUAGUCGUUGCAGAUACGAACAUGUUAAAGCUUCUCGAAGCCAUUCUUCUGCUUCAUCUUCAUCAACAAAUGCACGCCAAUCUCUCGUUUCAGAUAUUGUUCCUCCGGGUAAUAGUACUAGAUCUGUAUUAGGUGGUCUAACGCCUGUCCCAGGAAGUCCUAUGGAGCUAUCUGCUUCAAGUAGACCUUUCAUUCCUCCUACUAAACCUGCCUGGAAUCAAGAGUAUGGGCACCACGAUUCUCUAGAUGACUGGGAUAUUGGGGAAGCUAGCAGUAUUAGACCAUCUGACCGUCCCAUCUGUUCAUUUGCUGCUGCCGGUAAUUGUCCCCGAGGAGAAAAAUGCCCUCAUUUACAUGGUGACUUAUGUCCCACAUGUGGAAAACAUUGCUUGCAUCCUUUCAGACCUGAGGAAAGAGAGGAGCAUUUGAAAUCAUGUGAGAAAAAGCAAAAGCACUUGGAGGCAUUAAAACAUAGUCAAGAAAUAGAAUGCAGUGUUUGUCUAGAACGUGUUCUCUCGAAGCCCACGGCAGCAGAACGGAAGUUUGGGUUGCUGUCAGAAUGUGACCAUCCAUUCUGUAUAUCCUGCAUUAGGAAUUGGCGUAGUAGUUCUCCAACCUCUGGGAUGGAUGUCAAUAGUGCAUUGAGGGCAUGCCCAAUUUGUCGUAAGUUAUCAUACUUUGUUAUUCCAAGUGUCAUUUGGUAUUCUUCGAAGGAAGAGAAGCAGGACAUUGUUGAUAGCUACAAGGCAAAGCUCAAGUCCAUUGAUUGCAAGCACUUUGAUUUUGGGAAUGGAAACUGCCCAUUUGGGAGUAGUUGCUUUUAUAAGGUUUAUGAGCCUUCUCAGCUUGAAACAUGCAUAUCGAGAUGGCCGUCUAGAGGAGGUAGUUCUACGUCAUCUUGGGUCUGAAGAUGGAGAAGCUGUGAUAGCUAAAAAUAUUAGGCUGUCAGAGUUCCUUGGUAACAUGCGUAUAAGGUGAACAGAUGCUGUAUUAUAGUCUAGAGAUAUCUAAUGAUAUGGAGAAAUCAUGCGCCACUUCAAUUGCUGAGUUCUUUUCAAAUGCCAGUGUGGCACUCCAGUUGUUUUUGAGAUUUUCUUGCUGGAGGGGACCAGAACAUGGAGUGUUGGGCAUGGUAUACUAUUUAUCAAGGUGCAUCUUCUAUCAAAGUAAUAAAAAUCGUCAUGCAUUUGAUGGGUAUGUUUGAGAGAGUUCUCAUCAGCUGUCUAUUUAUGGGAUAAUGAUUUUUAGUAAUGGACGUGCAAAUAGCCGUGCUGUUACCUAGCUGUAUGGUUCCCUCACCAACAGUGAUAUAUUUGGAACUGUUUAUAUAAUUGUUUUUUCUGGCUUCCAUUCUUGUCAAUAUGGAGCUGUGAUGACAUGUUCUGGGCAACAUUGUCUGAGGUCUUUUGUAUUCUAAUCUGAAUUUUCCUGCUGUUUGAGGACAUUGCAUCUUGCGGGAUGUAAAUGGGGUUAAGAGCUCCCUAAAAUCAAUAGCGUUUACAGACACUUAUAUCACUUGUUAUACAAUAUUAGCUUCCUCUCU